UUGCUGUAAAGUUGGAGUCUCAGAAGGCUAGACAUCCGCAGCUGCUGUAUGAAAGCAAACUAUACAAGAUUCUGCAGGGAGGAGUUGGCAUCCCACAUAUACGGUGGUAUGGUCAAGAAAAGGACUACAACGUUCUAGUUAUGGAUCUUCUUGGUCCCAGCCUCGAAGACCUAUUCAACUUCUGUUCUCGCAGGUUUACGAUGAAAACAGUACUUAUGUUAGCAGACCAGAUGAUCAGUAGAAUUGAAUAUGUGCACACAAAGAAUUUUAUACACAGAGACAUUAAACCAGAUAACUUCCUAAUGGGUAUUGGGCGUCACUGUAAUAAGUGUUUAGAAUCUCCAGUGGGGAAGAGGAAAAGAAGCAUGACUGUUAGUACUUCUCAGGACCCAUCUUUCUCAGGAUUAAACCAGUUAUUCCUUAUUGACUUUGGUUUGGCCAAAAAGUACCGGGACAACAGGACAAGGCAACACAUACCAUACAGAGAAGACAAAAAUCUCACUGGCACAGCUCGAUAUGCCAGUAUCAAUGCCCAUCUUGGCAUUGAGCAAAGUCGUCGGGAUGACAUGGAGUCUCUAGGCUAUGUAUUGAUGUACUUUAACAGAACCAGUCUGCCUUGGCAAGGAUUAAAGGCUGCAACAAAGAAGCAAAAGUAUGAAAAGAUUAGUGAAAAGAAAAUGUCCACUCCUGUUGAGGUUUUGUGUAAGGGAUUCCCUGCAGAAUUUGCCAUGUAUCUGAACUACUGUCGUGGCCUGCGCUUUGAAGAGGCACCAGAUUACAUGUAUCUGAGGCAAUUAUUCCGUAUUCUUUUCAGGACCUUGAACCACCAAUAUGACUACACAUUCGACUGGACAAUGUUAAAGCAGAAAGCAGCACAGCAGGCAGCCUCUUCCAGUGGGCAGGGGCAGCAGGCCCAAACCCCCACAGGCAAGCAAACUGACAAAUCCAAGAGUAACAUGAAAGGUUUCUGAGCAUGGCGAGGAUGGGACAAAGCAGAGCAGAUCGGAGCAGGACUUGUCACUCCCCAAAUCCUAGAAAUUUUAGUUCAUACGUACACUUACCAGUGGCUGUGGGCAACCAUUUACUUGGUGUAAAGAACUUAAUAUCAGUAUAAACUGGCUCUGGGCAGCAUCAAUGAUGCUGCACUUGGAGUUGUAGCAGCUGUAAUUGUGAAUAUUACUGAGAUAGUGAAACAUGGUGUCCAGUUUUCUAUUGCAUUUUUUUCAAGUGGAAAAGUUAACUAAUGGUUGACACACAAGUGGAGAAAGUUGUGCAUAUGCCAAUUUUUGUUACCUUUUUACUUUGAACUACACUGCUUAUGAGAUCUCAUUGUUUUGGAAGAAUGGCAUGAACAGUCUUCGGCAACAGUUGUGAUAAUUGUAAAUGCUCACAAUUGUGCACUCUUUUCUGGUUAUUUCUCCCUGGGUUUUGAAAGUUGUACACUUAAAACAUUCUUAAAGUUGUUGGCUUCUAUGUGCAACAUACCAAGCCAGCUGACAUGGUAGUAACCAAAGAUUCCAGUUUUUAAGCAUAUGAAAGACUCUGCCUGCUUACCUGUGCUAGAAGUAACAGCAUCUAAAGUGAAGACUUAAGAGAAACUUAGCGACUACUAGAUAAUCUUUAGGACUCUGCAUUAACUCUAUAAUGUUCUUGGUAUAAAAGGAAAAACAGCAUAUUUGUCACAAAAUUUAGUUAACAUCUUACAACUGAACCUGUAUGUAAGUUGCUUAGAUAAAUGUAAUCACUGUAAACAUCUAUAUGAUCUGGGAUUUCGUUUUUAUUUUGAAGCGGGAGCUUUUUUGUUUACAAGUUCAUUAAAAACUAAAAUUGUUUCUGUAAGGAAAUGAGAUUUUUUUUAAUUUGCCUUGUUAGUUCAAUUUAAGAAAUCUACAUUGCCCUGUUUUUAAACCAAGUUUCAAGGCCAUUUAUUAAGCAAAAGAAGUCAUAUUUCUUUCUAAAUCAUUUUAGAUUUAGUGUUGUAACUCUUCCUCAUUUUGUUUUUAAAUAAAUUUUGUAUUUUUUCCUUGAGGGGGAAGGGGAAGUCUUGCAUUUUUAUAACUUGUUGUUUGAGACCAGCCCUCUGUACUAAGAUUGGAUUUUUUUAAAAACAAAAUGGCAUCUUUUGCAGACAUGGUGUUGGCAGCCUCUGAGCGUUGCCAUGUCAUGCAUCGGCUGGACUGACUUGUGAUUGCUAGUUUUGAGAAAAAUUUGAAUGGAGUAUUUGAAUGGUUUUAAGCCAAGGCAUUUUCUUUCAAGUUCUUGUGGAUAUGACCAGAUUUACUCUUGUUCUUGGGGACAGCCUCGCACCAUGCAGAGUUCACAUUGGUUACUGCCCUAGGCUGUCUUCCUUCUCACUCCUAUUCUAGCCCAGCUGAAAGAAAGACAUACUUUUAUUGCUGGUAAUUCUUUAACAGUGUAAUUUAUUCCUUUAUAGCAUGUCAGAAUAAAUUAAAAAAAAUGUCUGAAAAUGC